CAACAAACAAAAAGACCAUGCCCACCAACUGUUCGUUGAAAGGAUAAUUUCAAACAAAAAAAAAAAAAACCUUGUCCAAGCUGAAAUGAGUCUCGUUGGCGACGAAAGUGAUUGGCCUCUUCUAUGCAUUUGUUUUGUUUCAAGGCUUAAAAGGAAGGAGAAGUUAAUAAUGCAAAGUUUUGCUAAACCCCAUUAUCAGAUUUUGGCCAAAAACAUAGCAAGCAGCAACCGUCAAACACUCCUUCAAUAAUGAUACCCCAAGCAGAUAUUUCUUCUUUGUCUUCUUCUUCUUCUUCUCCGACGCCUCUAUGGAUGUACGACGUCUUCCUCAGUUUCAGAGGCAAAGACACCCGCACAGGUUUCACAGACCAUCUCUAUGCUGCUCUGAUUCGGAAAGGAAUUAUCACAUUCAGGGAUGAUGAAAAGCUCAAGAAAGGAAAAUCUAUCUCCAAGCUCUUCAAUGCAAUUGAACAAUCAAGGUAUGUGGUCGCCAUUCUUUCGAGUAAUUAUGGCGAUUCGACAUGGUGUUUGGAAGAGCUUGCAAAGGCUGUUGAAUGCAAGGAACUGAUGGGACAGACACUAAUCCCAAUUUUCUUUCACGUCCAUCCAUCUGAGGUGGGAAAUCAAACAGGGAGUUUCGAGAUAGCCUUUUCUAAGAAUGAACAAGCCUUUAAAGGUAAUUUAGAAAAGGUGGAAAGGUGGAGAGCUGCACUUUCUCAAGCAGCCGGUCUCUCUAGAUACCAUUAUUUGCAUAAUGGGUACACAAAACUUACUAUUCUUCAAGUUUUUUUAGUUGCAACCUUUUGCAGAUAUGAAUCAGAACUCAUUCAAACUGUUGUCCGCAAUAUUUCCACUGAAUUAUGUCAAACAAUGCCUAGUGCAUUUACAGAUUUAGUUGGGAUGGAUUCUCGCGUAAAAGAAAUGCUUUCGUACUUAGUGAUAAGGUUGAAUAAAGUACGCAUGAUAGGCAUUUGGGGGAUGGGGGGAAUGGGUAAGACGACUAUUGCUCAUGUAGUUUCUGAAAGGAUACGUGCUCAGUUUGAAGCUUACAGCUUUCUUUCGAAUGUUAGAGAGGUAACUGAAAAACAAGGUGUAGUUCAUUUACAGAAGAAACUUCUUUCAGACAUCUUGCUGGAAAGUAGUGUAAGCAUACACAACACUUAUACAGGAAUCAGUAUAAUUAGGCGAAGAUUAUGUACUAAAAAGGUUCUUAUCAUUCUUGAUGAUGUGGAUCGGUUAGAACAAUUGAGGGCAUUGUCUGGCCAUAAUUGGUUCGGUCCAGGGAGUAGAAUCAUCAUAACCUCAAGGGAUAAACGUGUGCUAAUAGAACAUGGAGUGGACAAAAUAUAUCAGGUUAAGCCAUUGACUAACAAUGAAGCUCUUCAACUCUUUAAUUGGAAAUCCUUCAGGAGUGACCAGGUUGGAGAAGAAUUUCUCGAGCUAUCUAAGAGUUUUGUAAAAUAUGCUAAUGGCCUCCCAUUGGCCAUUGAAAAUCUAGGUACAUCCCUCUUUCAGAGAAGCCUAGAAGAAUGGCCAGGUGCAUUAUUUAGACUAAAAGAAAGGCCUGACAAAAUAACUUUUGAUGUUCUUAAAGUAAGUUUUGACGGAUUACAGGAAAUAGAAAAGAAAAUAUUUUUGGACAUUGCAUUUUUCUUUAAAGGAGAGGACAAAUAUCGCGUAACAAGAAUACUAGAGUGUUGUUAUGGCCACUGUCCAGUCAUUCAUAUUAAAGUUCUCAUGGAAAAAUGUCUUCUAACUCCAUUCGGAAGAAAAUUGUGGAUGCAUGAUUUGAUACAAAAAUUGGGUUGGGAAAUUGUUCGUCAAGAAAAUCCUGAGGCAGGCAAACGUAGCAGGUUGUGGCUUCCCAAUGAUAUCAUCCCUGUGCUUGUAAAUAAUACGGGAAUGACUGCGGUCCAAGGUGUAUACCUGAAUUUUCAGAAAAAUGAGGAGAUUAACUUGAGUGUUAAUGAUCCUUUUUCAGAGAUGAAAAAUCUAAGAUUGCUCAAAAUUUGGAACGGGGACUUUUUUGGAAAAGCCAAUUAUCUUUCUAACCAGUUAGCACUUUUGGAAUGGCAUGAAUGUCCUUUAAAUUAUUUGCCAUCAGAAUUUGAAUCAGAUAAGCUUGUCGAACUCAAGAUGCAUUCAAGUCGCAUUAAACAACUAUGGACAGGGGAUAAUUUCUUGCUGAGAGUGUUCCAGUAUUUCUUCAAUGGCGUUCAUGUAGUGGCUGCAAAUUCCGGGAAUUUUUUGAACCUUGGCGUUGUCGCCGCUGCGAUUGAUGACCAUUUUGAUGAAGCUGAGGGUGGGUUCAGAACAGAGGGCGAGGAAGGGGUAUCCGGAGUUCCAGGAAUUAUGAGCAGAAUGUGGAUACAGAACCCUAACAGGUGUGCAGACGAAUACUUGGAUGGAAUCGAGGACUUUAUUCACUUUGCACGGUCACACAACCCGGGUGAAACUAGAAUCUGGUGUCCUUGUAGGAGGUGUAACAACAUGUUGUGGGAGACAAUUGAAACUGUUCGAUUUCAUUUAGUAAGGAAUGGAAUGAUUGAGACAUACAGCACUUGGAACCAUCACGGGGAACAAUUAGACAUUGGUUUGUCUUCAAGGGCCACAAGAGUGGACAAUGUUGAACCUAUUGUGGAUCCUAAUGAACAAGUGAUGGAUAUUAUUUUGAUUGUGGACAAUCUUCCUUGCUUUUCCAUUUGCAUCGACGAGUAG